AUGGAUAGUGUUCGUAUUGACUUUAAUCGUGUCUCGUUAGGCGAACAUGCUUAUCUGUUCCUUUUUCCACAGCUUGGUUACACGAAAAAGCAAGAGGAGAGGCAUUUUCGUGGCGUCAUCACUUUGGAGGAAUGCACUAUUGAAGAGGUCUCUGAUGAGGAAGGGCCACCUCCCUCAAAGAGUUCGAAGGAUAAAAAGGCCAACGGACCAGAUUCUAAAUCUUCUAGUCUUGUGUUCAAGACAACUAGCAAGGUUCCAUAUAAAACUGUUCUGAAAGCCCACAGUGCUGUUGUCUUGAAGGCUGAGACGGUGGCUGACAAGGUUGAAUGGAUAAACAAGAUGUCAAAAAUUGCACAAGUUUCAAGAGGACAAACAAGGAAUGCAUCUCCUGAAGGUGGUCAUACCAUGCGGCAGAGUCUUUCUGAUGGUUCUUUAGAUACAAUGGUUCGGAGACCUGCAGACCCUGAGGAAGAGCUCAGAUGGAUGUCUCAGGAAGUGCGUGGUUAUGUUGAAGCAGUCUUGAAUAGCUUGGCUGCUAAUGUUCCCAAAGCUGUUGUUCUUUGCCAAGUUGAGAAGGCCAAGGAAGAUAUGCUAAAUCAGUUGUAUAGCUCUGUCAGUGCUCAAAGCACGGCAAGGAUUGAAGAGCUACUUCAAGAGGAUCAGAAUGUAAAACGCAGGAGAGAGCGCUACCAGAAACAGUCCUCUCUGCUCUCUAAGUUAACACGCCAACUCAGCAUUCAUGACAACCGGGCCGCUGCUGCUUCUAAUUGGCCAAAUGGUAGUGCAGGUAUGUUGGAAAGAGCCUGUAAUAUUUUGAUGUAG